AUGAGCCUUCAGCCAGCUACACUGUCAACAAAUGCAGAUAAAUGGUUGACCUAUGAAGAGAUGGUCAGUAGAUUUAAGGAUUUGUUGAAACACAAACCUAGUGUCAAAGGCAAGAAUAAAGAUGAAGAUAAUCUUUGGGGCAAUGGUUUAGAGAAGUCUCAGCAUGGCAUCAAUGAGACGAAUGUUUCUCUAGACAUGGGAGAAGUGUCCGACUGUGGAACGCUCGAUCAGAAGAUUAACGGUAGUGUGUCAAAUGAUACCAAGGGGAACGAAGAGUCCAAUGGCAAGCCGAAAUCCGGAUCAAAGGAGGAAUUGAGUCACAAACCUAAUGACACUAAGAUACCUUUGGAAAGACAUGACAUACGAUGCUUCGGUCCGCACCAGUUUGGCAAACACAAAGACAUUUACCGCAUCUCACAACAGAACUAA